AUGCAGUAAAAUUUCUUACAAAAGGAGUAAAACAAAGUUUUAACAUAAAUAGAGCAAAUUAAUUUUGUGAAAAAUUUGACAAAAGAAAAAAAAAUCAAUUAGGAUGAAUCACAAUGGAUUAUUUAGUACAUUGAAGAAAAUCAACACCUCUCUUCAAUUAUUUCAUAUGCCUUAGGAAUUGGGUUUAACAAUUAUGGAGAAUUUUUAGAGUUAACCGAUGUCCUAGAGAAUUAAGAUAAAGACCAAUAGAAGAGAACUUAUGAUGUCUGUUUAAACAAGUUGGAAUCUCUGAAAACAAGUAAAAAUGAAAAUUCAAUCGACUUGAUUAAAAAGACUUAUUUAAAUCUAUCACAAGAUGAGUAAUUUAAUGAAGCAUAGAAUUUCUCUUCAUCUUCCUCUAUUGAGCUUGAAGACACAAUCCUUCUCUGUAAGUUGGUUAAAAAACAAUUUCAAUAAGUUCUUCAGCCUUCUUAAUUAUUAGUUGUCCUAGAACUAUUUGACCAUGGAUCGAAAGGAAGAAUAGCAGAAAUUUCUCCUGGAGAAGGGAAAACUUUAAUUACAGUCCUCCUAGCAAUACUAUUAGUAAAGAAAAAGCUAAAGAAUGUCCAUAUCAUAAUCAGCUCAAAUUCUUUGGCUACUCAAAAAUCCAAAAAAUCAACAUAAUUUUAUAAUUUAUGUAAAGUUUCGGUUUCCUAUAAUAUCAAUGACUAAAUUGAGCAUUCUGAAUAAGUGAGCUCUUGCUAUUAAAAUUAAGUAAUUUAUGGAGAUGUUUUGAGCCAUUAAAAGAGUCAUGGAUAUGGAGUGUAAUGCUAUAUUAUUUUGAAUGAUGAGAUAGAUUCUUUAUUAGCUGUGGGCAUUUCAAUGGAUUAAGAUAUUCAAAUUAAAACUAAGUUUUAAUAAAAUAUUUUAUUAUAUUAAGAAAGGUUGUUGGGAUUAACAGGAUAUUUAGGAUCAGAAGAGUAAACUUUUUUAGCAAAGAAGUACAAUCUUGACUGUGUAUUAAUUUCUGCUCAUUCUCAAAAUCCCAUAGAUGAAGUACAAGGAUUAACAAUGGAAUCUGAACAUGCCUGGCUUAAGAGUAUUACUAAAGCAGCUCAAGAAAAAUUAAAUAAUAGAGCUGUGUUGAUCAUUGCAUAAGAUGAAGGGGAAAUGAAUAAAAUAGAUAGAGAAAUAUCUAAAUCUUAAAAAGUCAUCAAAUAUACAGAAAAUGAUAAAAUCUCUGAAAUUGAAAUUGGGCUUAAUACUAAAAUACUUACAACAUAUCAAACGAUUUUAUAAAUAACUACUAAAAUAAAUGCACAGUUAGAACGGAAUGGAAGGAUACAUGUGAUCAUGUCAUUUUUACCUUAAAGUAGUAGAUUAGAAGAAUUAGGGUUUGCUAGAAUAUUUAGGCAAGGAAUAAAAGGAUCCAAGUAAUUGAUAGUGCAAAUGAGUGAGAGUUAGAAGUUUAAUUCUAUUGGAAAUAUUUCUUAAUUGCUGAUACCAGAAAGGAAAUAAGAAAAUAGCACUUGCUUGAAUUUAGAGGAUCUUAAAUUACUUAGAAAGAAAAACGAAUAAUGCAUUAAUGAGAUUGAAAAGGAUUGGAAACAAUUAGGCGAUUUUUAAAUCAAUUAAGUCCAAGAUGAAGAACAAAAUAAAUUGCUACAACAAACUAUAAUCAACCAAAAAUAGAAUAUGAUAGCAAUACAAGUUGAAUAAUUUUAUAAAAAUGACGAAUCUUAUUAACAAUAACUUACUUAAGAUUCUAUUUAAUUUUAAGAAUCCAUAAAAAAUCUGCAAAUUGAAACAAAUGAAAAUAGAUUCAUUGCAUCCCCUGUUUUAUCUCAUAUAUCUAAUGUCUAAAAUAUUGGUUUCGAUAAACGAUAAAUUUAAAUGAUAGAAAAAGAGAUCAAAUGCUUAAAGCAUAAAGUAUAAGCAAUUUAUGUAUUUUGCGAUGAAUAGUUGAAAGGUUAAGACAAAUUCGGAUGCGAACAAUGUCUAAAUGAAAAGGAUAAAAUCGUUUGUGAAAAAUUGGAGUUUGUAAAGGAAUAAAUUUAGAAGAGAAAAGUGAAAGUUAGAGACUAAAAUGAGACUUCUUUAUCAUAAUUAGACUAUUAUUAAUCAAUAAUUGUAAAUGUAAAAAAAGCAAUCGAUAAUUUCAAACCUUUCUUUCAUCAAUUAACAUUAGAUCUCAGUAAGGAUGAAGAAAUAGUGAAGAAUUUAAAAGAAUAACCAAACAAUUUUAGUCUAUUAUAAGAGGUUGAUUAUAUGAAUGUAGAUGAGAAUUACUUGAUUGAAUUGGAAAUACAAGAAAUGCAAAAGAAAAGGACUUAAUUUGUUAAAUAGCUUUAAAUGAAACUUAAAUAGGAAAACUAAAAAUUCUAAAAUCUAAUUUAGAAGUUGAAUGAAAGCUUAGAUAUCCCUCCAAUGUAUCAAGAGAUUAAUCAUAAAUUAUUAUAUGAAUGUGAAUAACAAGAAUUAUGUUAAGCUUUAACUUUUAAUUUUGAUAAUUCUAAAGUAAUUGCUAGCCAAGGUUAAAAUUUAAAAGUAUGGGAUUUCCAAUAGGAUAAGAUUAUCGAUAAUAAUAUUGUACUUAGAGGACAUGAGCAAGAUAUAAGAAGUUUAGUUGUAAGCAACAAGCGUAAUUAUUUAGUAUCUGAAAGUGAUGACUCUUUUUUAAUAUGUUGGAACUUAAGAGAGGACAAUUAAAGUUGGUAGCAGAAAUUAACAAAAAAAUUAAAUUCAAGCAAGAUUACAUGUCUAAUUAUGAAUGAGGCAGAGGACGAAUUGAUUUGUUGUCGAUCAACAGGAUCAAUAGGGGUCUGCAAAAUAAUUAAGCAAGAAAAUAUAGUUUAAGAGAUAUAAAAUUUAAGAAAACACAAUAAAUAAGUAAAUUGUGUAGGCUUAAGUAAAUAGUAUGAUACUAUGGUAUCAUGUGAUGAAGGCGACCAAAUUAUAAUUUGGACAAAAGAGCAGAGAGGAUUAUGGAAAUUCAAAUAGUCUAUUGAAGCUUAAGGCAAGAGGAUUUUAAGUGCUUUUUUUUAAUCUGAUGAUAAAAUAAUUACUUUUUCAUCUAAAGGAAAAAUAUAAGAAUACAUCAAAAACAAUAAUGAACAUUUUUAAAGCGAGAACUAAGGUUUUGAGAUUAACAGCCUCUAGAAUAUUUGUAAUAGCCCUUUUGAAUUGGUUUACAAUUAAAUGAGGUAAUUAUUCAUUAUUAAAAAUCCUUAAAAGAUAUUUUUUAUUACACAAUUUAGCCUAUAAUUAAAGAAUUCUAUAUUUUGCAAAUAAAAUACAAAAGUUUUUAAUAUCUCUAGGAAUGGAAAUUAUUUAGUGACAUGGAUUGGACAACCAAAGCCCAAAUUCAAAGUCUAUGAGAUUUAAUAUGAUUAAUGA